AUGCUAUGGGAGAAUGAUACAAUGCUUGAACACGAACGAUUACCAGUAGUGGCUGAGGCAGAUGGUAGUGUUUGUGUCACAGCAUGUUGCCCAUUACCAGUUUUCCCUUGUUUAACAUGCCUAUACCCUGCAUCAGCCCAUACUUGGGCUGAUCUACUUCCAGGUCGUUACAACCUAACAUGUCGCAUCCGAUUACGGCUUCAGCCUGUCGAUCAUGACUGUAACGCUGUUCGUAGAAUUCAACAUGGCCUACUUUUUGUCGACUUAUUUGGUGAUCGAAUUCGUCCUGGUGGUAACUGGGCAACACUCAAAUGUCCUUGGUUUGAACAAGAACAUACCAAACAUGGUGAUGAUACAUGA